AUGUACGUCAAAGAACUUAUCAAGCGCUACCGCACUGAGCGGAAGAGCUCGCAAGAGCAGGACCGCUACGAGAAGAAGCAGGACAAGGCCCGCCGCAAGUGCCAGGAGGACGCCUACUUGGCGGACCUGGAGUUUGAGCACAUCACUGCCCAGAGAGAGUGGAUCAGUGAUCAUAUGGAAGAAGAGUGUCGGGGCGUUGCUAUCCUUCAGCGCAUCGAGCGCUUGGAUAACAGCGUCGGGAAUGACGGGAGUGUGUUGCAUGUGGAGGGCACCAGCAACUUCAAGUCGGGGCCAUUGACCUCGGUGGAGAAGGCUGGGCUGCUGCAUGAAGUUAUCGAAAACAACAGGAGAGUGGCGGAGCACUGGAAGACUAUGCCGCUGGGAAAUACGACCAGGGCUUAUGAGAUUGAUUGCACCAACCGUGAGCCGGCGAGUGGACGGCGCGCGCAGUGGUAUCAUGAACGGGGUGUUUGUGCUGAGUUGGGUGGAUGCUGUGGGAGGAAGUGUGGUUGCUGUGAGAAGCCUGUGACGAAGUAUAUUGUAUCCUCUGAGGGAGGAAAGAAGUCAGUGUCGAUCUACGGUCACUGUACUGUUGAGUGUGCUUGUUGUAUCAAGGAGCGAGGCCGCUAUGUACCUGAUCCUCGUCUUCCUGACGUUGGUGCUAGGGCUUGCUGA